CCCCACUGUCAGAACUCAAAGGGAAAGAACCUGCAAGUGCAACAACUCACCGCACUAGUCUGUGCUUUGAAUUACCAUGACCGCUCCCUAUCUAAUCCCAUUCAUGGUUUCAUUUGCAUCACGAAAGUGGCACUGUUGUAUUGAAUCCUAAGUAAUUAAUCAUCCUCUUUCGGUGGUCAACGGCCAACAUUUCCCAGAAUAACCAAAACGCUAAUCCAGUUCAUUUUCUGGGUUUUUCUCUUCUUCCCUCAUUCUCUAAUGGGUCGUAAACCGCACGACCCGGAGACCGCUCUUCCUGGCCGUUUGAUCCUCCUUUUGGUUUGUUUGAUUUCAUGCGGUUUGGUUUACGCCUUCGUCUCGGCAGUGCUCACAACCACAGGGACCUCUUCAGCUUCAGAGUUGGUUGGAGAUGGCGAGGCAAUGGAGAAUUCUGGGGAAAGUUACAGGGGAUGCUGUAGAGGAAUCGAAAACCUGGAACUAUGGGGAGCCGCUGUGAAGUGGGGUUCUCAGUUUAAAUUUAAUAAGUCAGAGGAUUGCUGCAACGCUUGUAAAUCCAUGUGUACUGGGAACGAUGGGCCCUGUCUCUGUGAUUCGUGGGUGUUUUGUGGGAAUCGUGAGACUUGCGGAUCCAAGUUCGGUGAGUGCUGGUUGAAGAAACAAAAGGACAGCUUGGCCCCUGAACGGCAAGAAGUUGGAGAAAAAGUUAGUUGGACUUCCGGUCUUAUCUUUGGAAAAGGAGAAGGUAUCAUUGAACUGGAAACAGAACACGGAGCUCUUCGCGUCAAACUUUUCCCUGACUGUGCUCCGCAAUCAGUUGCCUACGUCCUAGAGUUGCUGGCUUUGCGCCAUUGUGCAGGUUGCCAAUUUUAUCGGGCAGAAGGCCGAGGCCAAUCAUGGGAUUCAGAAGGAAACCACUUAAAAAAUGCUCCUUUUGGCCCCCCUUCUGCAUUAAUUCAAGGAACCUUGGAAGCACAGGGAAACCCAUUUAAGAAAAUGCCGGUGGAAGACUGCCCAACAAUAAGAAGGGGUUCAGUUGCUUGGGUUGAUUCAGGACCAGAGUUCUUCAUAAGCCUUGCAAACCACGGGGAAUGGAAAAAAGCAUACACAGUUUUCGGUUCUGUUCUUCCAGAAGACAUGAGUAUAGCCGAAAUUGGUGCACUCCCCACAGUUUCUGAUGUUUGGAAAAAUAUCAAUGUUUCUGUUUUGGAAAAACCUGUUCCCUUGUUGCUACGGAGAAUCCAGAAAAGCCUUGCAGAUAUUAACACCAAUACCAAUUCAGCUUAGAAAUCUGUUUAUGCAAAUAUGGAUAUGACAAUUCUGGUUUGUAAGUGCAUACAUGUUCCAUUAAUUUCUUUUGCGAAGAGCUUAUGAGAAAGCGAAUUUACCACUCUGCUUUCUUCUUUGAGCGAAUAUACUUGAUCAGCAUGCAAGGGAGUGCUCUAGUGGCGGCUGGCUGAUGAGAUACGGACCGUUUCUUCACUUGCGGGGAAGCUUGGAACAAAAAUGUAAUGCAAAUAAACAGCCAUUUAUUUUGUGAUUA